AUGGCUACCUAUGCGGCGAUAAGCGCCGGUCCCUCGGAUUUCGAGGACAGGCCGGCGAGCGCAGCCUCUCACAGAGGCAGACGGUCGCGCCACGGCAAACGAGACGUCGGCUUCGCUGGACAGGCUACAUGGGCUAGCAGCGUCAUCAACCUGGUCAACACGAUCUUGGGCGCAGGUCUCCUCGCCAUGCCGCACGCCCUGUCGCAAAUGGGCAUUCUGCUAGGCUGCUGCGUCAUCGUGUGGGCAGGCCUCACAGCGGGCUUCGGCCUGUACCUCCAAACUAGAUGCGCCAAAUACCUGGAUCGCGGAACCGCCUCGUUCGCCUCGCUCUCCAAGAUAACGUAUCCAAAUGCCGCCGUUGUUUUCGAUGCUGCGAUCGCCAUCAAGUGCUUCGGUGUUGGAGUCAGUUACUUGAUCAUCAUCGGAGAUCUCAUGCCUGGAGUUGUAAGAGGAUUUAGCGAUGCUGCUGGAGAAAUCGGAUUCCUGGUGGACCGUCAGUUCUGGGUCACGGCUUUCAUGCUCAUUGUCAUUCCCUUGUCUUUCCUUCGUCGUCUCGAUUCUCUCAAAUAUACCAGCAUGAUAGCGCUGGUGUCGAUUACUUACCUCGUCAUCCUUGUUCUUGCCCAUUUCUUCAAGGGAGAUACUAUGGCAGACCGCGGCGAGGUUCACGUAAUCGGAUGGUCUGGCCCGGUUGCCGCCCUUUCCGUCUUCCCUGUAGUUGUCUUUGCCUACACGUGCCACCAGAAUAUGUUUUCCAUUCUCAAUGAGAUUUUUGACAACUCCCACUUCCGGACUACAUCUGUUGUCGGCGCCAGUAUCGGCCUGGCUUGCUCUCUUUACAUUCUCGUUGGUAUUACCGGGUAUCUGUCUUACGGCGAUAAAGUUGGCGGCAACAUCGUCAGCAUGUACGCCCCGUCCGCUGCUUCGACCAUUGGCCGUCUGGCGAUCGUCAUCCUGGUCAUGUUCUCCUACCCUCUACAGGUCCACCCAUGCCGCGCGUCCAUCGACGCGGUUAUCAACUGGCGGCCGCAGCGGGCCCCCAAAUCUUCUCGCACGAGUACUAAUGAAGGCUCUCCGUCAAGCGAGCACAGCGCUCCGCUUCUCGGACCGCCCAAGCCGAACAACGGGCCCAUCGCGGCUCCUCUGCAGCCCAAGGCUGAGCCAAUGAGCGAGAUGCGUUUCGCCAUCAUAACUACCACCAUCAUUGUACUGAGCUACAUAACCGCCAUGACCGUUUCCUCGCUCGAAAAGGUGCUUGCCUACGUCGGCAGCACCGGCAGCACGGCUAUCAGCUUUAUUCUACCUGGUAUCUUUUACUACAAGAUUUCAUCCCCCCAUAGCCCGCACCACCAGCGCCUCCUCAAGGAUGAGGAUGAUGAAGAAGGUUGGAAUUCUGGAGACGAAGAGAAUAUGACAGAAUCGGGUCUUCUGCUUAGAAAUUUGGCGACAAAGACAAGGAGCUUCAGAAGGGGGCUUUUGAGAAGACUGAGUCUUGCGUUGGCGAUUUAUGGGUUGAUUGUCAUGGUUGUUUGCCUGGGAACCAACACGUUCUUGAUCGCGGCGCACUAA